CUGAAUAAAUGAAAUUUCUUUUAAACAGGAGGAAUGUCAAGCAUUCCAGAUAAAGGGCAUUUCUAAGCAACGCAUCAUGUUUUUAGAGGGUGGCGACCCAAUUAAACCAGAACUUGAAUCUCUUGCUGUGAAACCUUUACCACAAUUGGACGAGGAAGAUCUUAGACUGCAGUUGCCAACAGUUUUAAUGACAUUCAGAUCGGUGGCUAAAGACGAUGCAUACCAGCCUGCCAGUAGAGAUAUUAUGAUUGGCUGUGUUAGAACCAUGGCCGUUAGUCAGAAAAAGGAUCCACCAAAACCAGGAUAUCGGAAUGGUGAAUUUUCGUUUGAGAAUGUUCAACUGAUAGCACCAAAAGGCUUUACGAUUGAGCCACAGAAGGGCAUGGUAGAGGCAGGUAUCUUAAAGCCUGUAACUAUAACAUGGACGCCACCUGCUGGAUAUGAUCCAAACAAAGUUAUGGAGGCAAGCGUGGUGGUGACGUUAAAGGGCGAUGCAUCAGAACAGUUCCGAGUGAUGUUACAUGCCAUGGUCGUGUCUGAAUAAAUGUUAAAACUUCAAUAAUAUACAAUUUACCACUAUGAAAGACAUCUGUUAUUUUAGCCAACUAUUGUUAAAAUUAACAUUUUAUGAAAGUGGCAUUUCAAGUUUCUGUGAUUAAAAACCAGGAUAGAAAAAAACAACAAAAAAACAAUAUCAUGCCUUGAAUAAGGACUUUCAAAGGAGUAUUUCGCCUAUAAUCAAAUAUAAGAUAAUAAAAAAUACAUUUUUACUUUUGAACCGUGAGUUUUAAAACAUAAAACUUUUUGUACAUUGUUCAGCAGUGUACAAUGUACAUGUUUAAAGUGUUAGACAUUUAAAAUUAAACAUAUAUCAUCUGAAAUAAAGACAGUUCUAAAUUAAAAAACUGACCAGUCACAAAUAUGUAAUUUCAAGGGAGUAUGGGCUGAAGACAAGUCAUUCAUAACCAAUUAGAAAAACAAUUAUUUUCAGAAUCUUACGUUUUAUAACACUUGUUUACCUUUAAAAAACAACAAUUUCAAGAAAUCUUUUGAUAAAUGAAAUAUUUUUUUAGAAAUGAGCUUGGAAAACAACCUUCAAGGAGAAAAAAAAGGUAAAAGUGGUCAAAUAUUUUGUGACAUCCUACUGUAGUUUUAAUUAAUAAAAUUUGUACAUUCCACUUGUUAACUGUGAUAAUUGUUUUUUACAUUUUAUUUACAUAUUUUUAUAGAUAAAUAUUUAUUUCGAGAACUGUGAAGAGGAGUUAUUUAUGAAAAUUAUUUAAAUGAUUAAAAU